UCGGUCUGUUCAGAGCUUGGCAGGAGAGACUUGUGUAAUACUAACAGGAGUCAUUUAAAUCAUCUUUUAAUAGCCGGGACCAUGAUGAUCCCUAGUGUUAUUGCACCGCCUGCUAUAUAUUCAGCAUUUAUGCGUCCUGCUGCAUCGCUGCAUUCACCCUUUCCGGCUCACCCGAGUUUCCUGGUGGAGGACCUUCUGCGCAUCAACAGACCCAGCGGUUUCCUGAACCAAACAGUGCACUCGCCAUGCGCAUCUCCUCCAAAUUCAACGCCUAUUUCUAUCCCGGAUAACUCCAGGCUUUUGGACAGAGUCAGCCCUAGCAUCACGGAGAAGCAUGGAUCUUGCUCCCCCAAAACGCCAGUCUCCAGCAAGGAUCCAACAUAUCUGAAGUUUGGAGUGAGUGCCAUUUUGGCACCGUCACCAAAGAAAGCCACAUCUCCACCCUCCGUCCACAGCAUGCACUCCAAAGGAUUCUCUGUGCCUUAUUUUGAUGGUUCAUUCUGCCCUUUCGUCCGUUCUUCAUACUUCCCUGCUCCUUCAUCGGUCGUGCCCAUUCCUGGAACGUUUUCCUGGCCUCUUGCUGCGAGAGGGAAGCCCAGAAGAGGGAUGCUCCGCCGGGCUGUGUUUUCAGACGUGCAGCGCAAAGCUCUGGAGAAAAUGUUCCAAAAGCAGAAAUACAUCAGCAAGCCAGACAGGAAAAAACUUGCAGCCAAACUCGGACUAAAAGAUUCACAGGUUAAAAUCUGGUUCCAGAAUCGGCGAAUGAAAUGGAGAAACUCCAAGGAGAGGGAGUUGCUUUCUUCCGGAGGCUGCCGGGAGCAAACCCUUCCAACCAAAACAAACCCUCACCCAGACCUAAGCGACGUGGGUAAAAAGUCUUCCGAGGAUGAAGAUGAAGACGACACAUGCGCUCCGUCGCAUUUCUGUCUCUCACCCAGACGCGUACUGUCAAACAGCACUGAUUCCAGCAUUACAUUCAAACACUCGGACUUUUCUGAAUCAGAGGAUGAAAUAACAGUCUCAUAAGAAAAUUUAUGAGCUGCAUAAUGUCUGUAUUUCAAGCACAAGUGUACGCAAAAGCCACGUUAUGGUUCCAUUAGCGUAUAAUUUCACUUCUAUGUACAAAUGAGUGUUUGUAGCAAAAUCUUUUCCACAUCACUUUAUAUUUACUUAUUUGGAAAAUCUUCGCAAAAUGAUUUUGCUGUGUCGCACAGCUUUUUGGGGGAACUGUACAGUAUUUUGUACAAAUAUUUUUGUAUGGAUAUUUUAUACCAAGAAUUUUGAGUUUUAGAUUCUUUAUUAAAGUUGUAGACGUAUGUAUAAUUUAUACGAAUUUAUCUC